AUGCCGGUCGACUACAGUAAAUGGGACGCCCUAGAGCUCAGCGACGACUCCGACAUCGAAGUGCAUCCCAACAUCGACAAGAAAUCGUUUAUUCGAGCGAAACAGAACCAAAUCCAUCAGGAGCGGCAGCAGCGCAAGCAGCGCAUCUCGGCGCUCAAAUACGAAGUCGCCCUCCAUGAGGCGCUGCUGAAGCGCAUCUCGGCGCUGGUGGCGGCGCUCCAGUCGCGGGCUUCGGAGGCGGCGUCGGCGCAGGACCCGGGCCAGCUAGCUUUUCAGGCCGUCAUGGAGUCGGCGGGCAACCAAGAGGAUGACGCCCUGCCCCCCGUGCCCGAGGGUCUUCGCGUGGACCCCAACACGCCCAAGUCGUACUCGGCCAUGAUGGCGGGCCUGCUCGAUCAGGUCAACAAGGCUAUGAAUGAGAAGAAACCCGACGACCGCUACAAGGCGAUGUUGGAGGAGAUUGGGGUCCACGAGACGCAGGUGCGGACGCUGAUCAGGGAGAGCAGCGACGAGCUGGCCAAGCUGGAAAAGGAAGAGGGUAAGAAGAUUACAAGCGAGGGCAUCCACACCGGCUUCGAUAGCUCCUUUGUGAGCAAGACCACCGCCAAGGAUGGCGACUCGACCAAGGUUGAGCUUUUAAACCCAAAUUAUACACCAUCUGGCGAGCCGUCGACAUCGUCAAACAACGCAUCCGCCACCAUAGGCGACGACGAGGAUAUCGAGGCGUCACCCGCCGCCCGCAAGUUUGCCGAGAUCCAUAUCAGCGAUUAUUCGGCCAGCCUCGACCAUCUCAUCAAGAACCCACAGAUUUUAACCGAAAGGGAGACGGAUGCACUGCUGGUGUUGGCUUUUGACGCCGCGCUUGAGAGCAAGGACGAACGCACCAAGCAGUGCGUGCAUCAGGCGCUGCUGCUGCAGUACUGCCGCACGCUGGGCCGCGACGGCGUGGCGCUCUUUUUCAAGCGUAUCACGGCAAGUGGCGGCAACAACGCCAAGGAAGUCUUUUACAAGGACGUGCAUGACACGUACAUGCGGAUCCGCACGCGCGCGCGCGAGAUUGUCGCCGAGCGCGCCAAGGAGCCUGUCGGGGGCGUCGAGCAGAUCCAGCUGCACGCCGUGGAGCCCGGCACCGCCAUCACCAUCAGCGUGCCGCCCAAGGACAGCGAGGAUCCAGCGGUGCAGGAGGCCCGGGAGAUUUACGAGCAUUUUAGCGAAGAGAUGCGCGCGGCGCUGGAGACGGGCGAGCUGGACAAGGUGAAUGCGGUGCUGGGCGAGCUCUCCGUGGAGGAGGCGGAGGAAUACGUCAGUCUGUUUGGCGAGGCCAACAUUCUAACCCUGGAGGAACAAAUCAUAGACGCAACCACGGAAGAGGGUCAGCAGCAAGUCAAGGAGCUACAGGCUCGGGCUGCGGCUGACAGAGCAGCUGAAGCAGACGAGGAAGCGAUUGGUGACCCAGAGUAA